AUGAUUAUUCCGACGGCCCUUUUAUGCUAUGCUGGGCAAUCAUGCGCACAAAUUUACGAUCGACUUUGCAUGCAGACUGGUCGCAAAUGUGGUCAUAACAUGGCCUACAGAACUGUUGACCGAUUGGAAUACACUGACGACGUAUCACCGGAACUGAUAUGCAUUCAGGAAUGCGCAUGUAUCAGUGAACAGUACGAAAAAAGAGAUGGUCAAUGCAUUGAAAAAAACAAUAAUUCGACGCGAAACAAAGCUGAGCUACCCAUCGAAGUGCCAACACUAAAGGUCUGCAGUGGAAGAAUCUGUAGACUUGACGAAAUAAUCACUGAUACUCUGUGCUUAUUGACAGACCAGAAAUGUGGACCAAAUAUGGUCUUUAAGACCACAGUUGGGCCUUUACGUAUGAAAGUUGGUAUAUCAUCAUAUCAGAUGUGUAUUCAACAGUGCACUUGCGACAGUAAUGAAUACACGAAAAUGGGUGGACAGUGCAUUAAAAAAAGUAGUGCUCCGAUGCGAAACGAAACUGAGUUUGGUGGUGAAAUAUUGCCUAAACACUGCACGGGAAGAGUAUGUGCACUUGAUGAAGAAAUUUUCAAUGUUCCGUGUUCAUUGACUGGUGAAAUUUGCGGGACCAAUAUGAUAUUUAAUAAUAUCGGCAAAUUCCUUAAGAAGAAUGGUACUGAAGUUUGCAUUCAAAAAUGUACUUGUAUGAGUGAAGAAUAUGUCAAAGCAAAUGGUCAAUGCAUCCUUCCUGCGGAAGGAAAUGAAAUUGCCUCGCCAUCUUUAAUCCAACAAUCUGCAGAAGGAAAUGAGUCAGUGAUACCAAUUUCAACCCAACAAUCUACAGAAGGAAAUGAGUCACUGACACCAACUUCAACCCAACAAUCUGCAGAAGGAAAUGAGUCACUUUCUGAGACUCCCGCAAAUUGCGUUGGAUUAUCAUGCGGAAAGAUUCGCGACCCAUUUUGCAUGCGAACUGGUUGGAAAUGUGGUGAUAAUAUGCUCUAUACAACUGUAGAACGAUUGGUUUACAUCGAUGAUUCUCCUGAAAUAUGCAUUCAGCAAUGCAAAUGUGUCAGCGAAGAAUAUAUAGAAAAAGAUGGGCAAUGCAUUAAGCAGGAAAGAAAGGUUACAAGAAAGGCUACAACAAGAGAUCGGCAUUGGUAUGCGAAAUACAGAAAAAAUAUGUCUUCUUACCUCGUUCCUCCUUCACCUGAUAAAAAAAUUAAAGAUUGA